AUGUCUCAACAAGUUAGGAAAAGAGGUAAAAAAUCAACUACUCCAAUUGAAAAUUCAAAUAAUAUAAUUGAUGAAACUUAUCUAAUUAAAAAGAAAAAAGUAACUAUUCAAGAUAAUACUAAAGAAAAUGAAUUAAAAUAUUAUAUAGUUUUAAGUUUCAUCACAGCAUUAGCAUUUUAUUUAAGAUUUACAAAAUUAGGUACUCCAGAUCAAGUUGUAUUUGAUGAAGUUCAUUUUGGUAAAUUUGCAUCAUAUUAUUUAGAAAGAACUUAUUUUUUUGAUUUACAUCCACCUUUUGCUAAAUUAUUAAUUGCAUUUGUUGGUUGGUUAAUUGGUUAUACUGGUAAAUUUAAAUUUGAUGCAAUUGGUGAUUCAUAUAUUGAAAAUAAUGUUCCUUAUAUUGCUUAUAGAAGUUUAUCCGCAAUUCAAGGUACUGCUAUUGUUCCAAUAAUGUUUAUGACUAUGAAGACUUUGGGAUUUCAAGUACCUGCUUGUUUAUUAGCUAGUGUAAUUGUUUGUUUUGAUAAUGCUCAAGUUGUUGAUAGUAGAUUAAUUUUAUUGGAUGCUACAUUAAUUUUAAGUGUUGCAUUAACAAUGUUUAGUUAUUGUAAAUUUUCAACUUUUAGAAAACAACCUUUUACUCAAAAUUGGUGGACUUGGUUAUUAGCUACUGGUGUUUCAUUAUCUUGUGUUAUUUCAACUAAAUAUGUUGGUGUUUUCACUUUUUUCACUAUUGGUUUGGCAGUUGUUCAUGAAUUAUGGAUUUUAUUAGAUUAUCAAAAGGGUUUAACAUUACAAGAUUUUUCAAAACAUUUUUUAGCAAGAUUAUGGGCUUUAAUUGUAGUACCAUUUAUAAUUUAUUUAUUUUGGUUUUAUUUACAUUUUGCAAUUUUAAUUAAAUCAGGUCCAGGUGAUGCUUUUAUGUCAUCUGAAUUUCAAGAAACUUUAUUAGAAUCACCAUUAGCUCAAAAUUCAAAACAAGUUCAAUAUUAUGAUCAAAUUACUAUUCAACAUAAAGAUACUGGUUCAUUUUUACAUUCUCAUGAUCAUGUUUAUCCAUUACGUUAUGAAGACGGUAGAAUUUCUUCAAAUCAACAACAAGUUACUUGUGUUGAUGUUGAUAAUGCUGAACAAGAUCCAAAUAAUCAAUGGGAAAUUGUUCCUAUAAAAGCAGAAGAUGAUGGUAAAAGAGGUAAAGAAGUUAAUACUAAUGAUAUUGUCAGAUUUAAACAUGUAGGAACUGGUGGUUAUUUAUUAACUCAUGAUGUUGCUUCCCCAUUAAAACCAACAAAUGAAGAAUUUACAGUCGUAUUUGAUGAGAAAAUUGAAUCAAGAUACAAUGAAACUUUAUUUAGAUUAAGAUUAAGUGUACCAGGUUCAUCACCAAAGAAACAAAAUCAGAAGAAAAAAGUUAAAACUUUAGCUACAGAUUUAAAAAUUUUACAUAUGGAUACAGUAGUUGCAAUGUGGACUCAUGAUGAUGAAUUAUUACCAGAAUGGGCAUUUGGUCAACAAGAAGUUAGUGGUAACAAAAAGAUUCAAGAUAAGGAUAAUGUAUGGACUUUUAAUAAAAUUACAAACCUAGACAAAAGCGAUCCAAGAAGUAAAUAUAUUCCAAAAGAAAUUAAAACUAUGCCAUUUUUAAAGAAAUGGUGGCAAUUACAAGGAUUAAUGUUUCAUCAUAAUAAUCAAUUAAGUUCAUCACAUCCUUUUGCUUCACAACCUGAUUCUUGGCCAUUAGCUUUAAGUGGUGUUUCAUUUUAUAAUAAUAAUGAUACCAAAAAACAAAUUUUCUUUGUUGGUAAUGUUGUUGGUUUCUGGUUAGAAGUUUGUUUCUUGUCAAUUUAUAUUGGUAUUGUAUUAGCUGAUCAAAUAACCCGAAGAAGAAAUUAUCAUUUAUUAAGUGAUAAAGCAAGAUCAAGAUUAUAUAAUACUUUAGGAUUUUUAUUUGUUGGAUGGAGUGCACAUUAUUUCCCAUUUUAUUUAAUGAAUCGUCAAAAAUUUUUACAUCAUUAUUUACCUGCUCAUUUAAUAGCUGCUUUAUUUUCAGGCGGUUUGGCAGAAUUUAUAUGUUCAAAUAAUUCAAGAGAUGCAGUAAAUGUAAAUCCAAACAUUAAAAAAUUUAAAAUGACUUUAUUGGUAGGGUUAGCUUCAUUAGGUAUAAUUUGGUUUUUCUUUUAUUUUGGACCAAUUACUUAUGGUGAUACAUAUUUAACACCAGAUGAAGUUAAAGCUAGACAAUGGUUAGAUAUAAAAUUACAUUAUGCAAAAUAA